AUGCCGUGGCUUAAACGCCUCAAUCCGAUGAUCAACUGGGAAACCGGUGACUUUUGGUUUGGUAAAGACGCCAAAUGGCUGCCGAAACCCACCGCCGAAGAUGCACCAGAUGAAGAAGUUUUAAUUUUCAAGGAAGGUGGACUCUCAGAGUUAAUCACCACCGAAACUUCCCCUACCUCGUUAGGGCAUUCGGAAUCUAUCAGAGAAAUCAUGGCCGAUAACACUGAGCGUGGCGAGUUACCCGCAGUGCGGAAUGAUACCGAACCAGAUGACCCACUAUCAGAGCCCCCUAUGGAUCAGCUCGAUGAUGACGAUCUAGUUAUAUCCUAUAUCGCAGGAGAGCCAGUUAUUGGGAUAUUUGAACUCAUCAGGAAGGAGUCACCUUUGACGAAUGAAGAGACUGAAACUGCAGUCUUCACCAUACGAAGAGGCCCCGCCAUUGGAAGAAUGACACACAAAUUGGCACAACAGGCACACAAGGAAGCAUCAGCUGUAGACAAACCCAAAACCGUCGAGGAGUUGGUCCCCAACUACCUCCACGAUUUGAAGUCCAUCUUUGAAAAGAAAGCAGCUGAACGCUUUCCAGAAACCAGGCCUUGGGACCAUGCCAUUGACUUGAAACCCGAUUUUAUUCCACGCAACUGUAAAGUCUAUCCAUUAUCGCUCAAAGAACAAGGAGCGAUGGAUGACUUCCUGGAAGAAAAUCUGCAAAAAGGAUACAUCCGACUGUCAAAAUCUCUCAUGGCUUCACCAUUUUUCUUCGUAGGAAAGAAAGAUGGAGCACUACGUCCCUGUCAGGAUUACCGAUACCUGAAUGAAGGGAUGGUGAAGAACGCCUAUCCUCUUCGGCUCAUUUCUGACCUUAUGGAUCAAUUCAAAGGCGCAUCGAUCUUUACGAAAAUGGAUUUACGCUCCGGAUAUAACAAUGUCAGAAUCAAAGAUGGUGACCAAUGGAAGGGCGCAUUUAAGACAAAUCGUGGACUUUUCGAACCUAUGGUCAUGUUCUUUGGACUCUGCAACUCCCCGACGACUUUCCAAAUGAUGAUGAAUGCACUCUUCAAGGACAUGAUCGAUGAGGGAUGGAUAGUCAUUUAA